GACAAAGGCGGCGCGGGGCUUGUGUCCCCCGCCAUUUUGUGAUCAGCAAGGUGGCCUCCACGUUCCCCGAGCGACUUCUUCGCUUUUGCCUCGCCCGCCCGCUGAUCACGGACAUGUCCCGGGACCGGUUCCGGAGUCGCGGGGGCGGCGGCGGCGGCUUCCACCGGCGCGGCGGUGGUGGAGGGCGAGGCGGCGGCCUAAGCCAUGACUUCCGUUCACCGCCGCCGGGCAUGGGCCUGAGCCAGAAUCGAGGGCCGCUAGGACCAGGCCCAGUCCAGACAGGGCCUAAGCCCUCCAUCCCGCCGCCUCCGGCGCAGGUACUGGCGCAGCAACAAGCGCAACAGGCGGCCGCCGCGGCGGCAGCGGCAGCGGCAGCGGCUGCAGCAGCGGCGGCGCAGCAGCAACAGGCGUCGUCGCCAGAUCCGCCGAAGCCGGGCCUCCCUCCGGGCAGCAGCCCUGGGCCCACAGUGGGUACUGCCGCUCCGGCCUCUGUCUCCGCUCCGUCUGCACCGCCCCCGGGCUCGGGGGGACCUUCAGGCCCAGGCUCGGCCUCCUCGCAGGCCUCAUCUGGACCGUCGGCUCCUCCUGGGGCCCCUCAGCAGAGCUCUUCGACCCCAGCUGUGUCCUCCGCCUCGAGCGGGGGCCCGCCCCCUCCGCCCCCAGGUGCUGCGGGGCCUAAGCCGGGUCCGAGUCCUGGUGGGCCUAAAGGCAAAAUGCCCGGAGGGCCUAAACCCGGCGGGCCUGGCCUCACUCCUUCGGGAGGACACCAGAAGCCGCCACACAGGGGCGGCGGGGAACCCCGCGGGGGCCGACAGCACCACCCGCCGUACCACCAGCAGCAACCACCACCGCCUCCCCAUCACCAGGGCCCUUCGCCCGGCGGACCUACGGGCCGCAGCGAAGAGAAGAUCUCGGACUCGGAGGGUUUUAAAGCAAAUUUGUCUCUCUUGAGGAGGCCUGGAGAGAAAACUUACACCCAGCGAUGUAGGUUAUUUGUUGGAAAUCUGCCAGCUGAUAUUACAGAUGAGGACUUUAAAAGAUUAUUUGCUAAAUACGGAGAACCUGGUGAAGUCUUUAUCAACAAGGGCAAAGGAUUCGGAUUCAUCAAACUCGAAUCUAGAGCCCUGGCGGAAAUUGCAAAAGCAGAACUUGAUGAUACACCCAUGAGAGGGCGACAACUUCGUGUUCGUUUUGCCACACAUGCCGCUGCCCUCUCUGUACGAAAUCUUUCACCCUAUGUUUCCAAUGAAUUACUGGAAGAAGCAUUCAGCCAGUUUGGACCUAUUGAAAGGGCUGUCGUAAUUGUUGAUGAUCGAGGAAGAUCUACAGGGAAAGGCAUUGUCGAAUUUGCCUCUAAGCCAGCUGCAAGAAAGGCAUUUGAACGGUGCAGUGAAGGAGUGUUUUUGCUAACAACAACUCCUCGUCCAGUCAUUGUGGAACCACUUGAGCAAUUAGAUGAUGAAGAUGGUCUUCCAGAAAAGCUUGCACAGAAGAAUCCAAUGUAUCAAAAGGAGAGAGAGAAUCCUCCACGUUUUGCUCAGCAUGGCACCUUUGAGUUUGAAUAUUCCCAGAGAUGGAAGUCUUUAGAUGAAAUGGAAAAGCAGCAAAGAGAGCAGGUUGAGAAAAACAUGAAAGAUGCAAAAGACAAGCUAGAAAGCGAAAUGGAAGAUGCAUAUCACGAGCAUCAGGCAAAUCUUUUACGUCAGGAUCUAAUGCGGCGUCAGGAAGAGUUGAGAAGGAUGGAAGAGCUUCACAAUCAAGAAAUGCAGAAACGCAAAGAAAUACAGUUAAGGCAAGAGGAAGAGCGGCGUAGAAGAGAAGAAGAAAUGAUGAUUCGCCAACGUGAGAUGGAGGAACAAAUGAGACGCCAGAGAGAAGAAAGUUAUAGUCGGAUGGGAUAUAUGGAUCCACGAGAGAGAGAGAUAAGAAUGGGAGGUGCAGCAGCAAUGAACAUGGGAGAUCCCUAUGGCUCAGGAAGCCAGAAAUUUCCACCUUUAGGUGGUGGUGGCAUAGGUUAUGAGGCCAGCCCUGGAGUUCCACCAACAGCCCUGAGUGGUUCCAUGAUGGGAAGUGACAUGGUAAGAGUGAUUGGUGUGGGCUGAAAACAGUGACAGUGCUCAUCCAUUGAGUCUUGCAGUACAACAUGAGCACAUCUAGAGUGAGCCACGGUCACCAACCCAACAAUUUAAAUAGGUAUGUUAAAAGUUGUGGUGUAUCGCCUACUUUCACAAAAAUAGCAACUUUGCUGAAUACCCAGGCCUUUGGACUUCAUCAUGCAUAUAUAACGUUAAAGGAAAUAUUAAGAUCAGAAUCGGCCUUUUUUUUUUUUAAGGUUGUGAGCUCCUUAAAGACAGGAGAAGCUGUAUUUUUCCUCUUUGUAUCCCAGAACUUAGCACAGUUGUGCCUGGCACAUAGUAAACACUUAAAUGUUUAUUGAUUAAUUUUGGCUUUGUUAUUCCACAUUUGUAGCACAGAACCUGACAUAUAUAGAUGCUUAAUGCCUGUUUGAUUCUAUUGUAGGUAGGUGAUUUUUUUGUCUGCUAUAAUUUGAGAUGAAGUUUCAAAUUAUUUCACCUUCAUCUUGCCUUGUCAUUUUUCAGAGUUUGUAAGACAGUAAUUUGGUGCUAAUUUGGUCUUUUUUUUUUUAAAUACUACCAUACCAUGAUACUUGUACAACGGGCGGGGGUGGGGGAGAAUACUGCAUGGUAAUAUGGUUUAAGAUAAUGUGUAGACAUGUACAAGGAAAAAAAGGGGGGAGUUUCUCACUUGGGUUUGGGGUGGACUUUUUACAUUGCAUUUAACUCUCAAGGUAUGGUUUAUGUUGGGUAGAUGAAGCAGGAGUAAUUUCCCAAGAUUUGGAAAUUAAGGGAAAUGGUUCCAGGAAAUAAAUACCAACCUGAGAUGUUUUAUGGGUUUAUAUAAACAAAUAAUUGAACUGAAGGCAACUACCAAGUUAAAGGAAAAAAAAAUGGAAUACUAGGUUAAUAAAGGCAACAGAAAGCCAAGGAUUUGGCUUUAGUUAGUGAUAGAGACUAAAGGAUGGACAUGGUUGCUCUAUUAUAAAGAUGCUUUUUGGUAAUUUGUACUGGCUGGCAAUCUUAUAGCAAAUAUUAGCCAUUUGUCUGAAUUAUACUAAAAACUUUGCUGUGCACAUUUAGCUAUUUUUUAAAAACUGACUAGGAAAUUCUUCGAUAUUUUAUUAUUUUUAUAGUUUUUAAAUAAAGCCUUUUAGGAUAAUGAUGCCUUUUUUGAAUUUACAGGAGCAAGGAAGGGAAGCAGUGUUUUGGAAAUCCACAAACCAAUGAAGAAGAGCCAGGAUUGUUGAAGAAAUUUACUUUUAAUAAUAAAAAAGUUUGAAUCCA